AUGGAACAGAUCUAUAACAUGGACACUGACGCAACAUUUAGUAAUACCCUGAUUGACAGCUGUCAUGCUAUUGUUAACUUGGAUCAGAAUGUCAUAGCUGUCUGCUCAAACACAGGGGAACUGAAAACACAUGAAAAACCAAGCAGAMAAUUUAGAARUACAUAYUCAGAGAAAAAGYAUGAUUCCACUSUACAGAAUGAASRAUUUUAUCAUKCAACAAAGGAGAAUUCCUUAGAAAYAGAUGCARUGUCAACACUAGCGUCUUUACASCAGCACCCUUCUCAUCUWAACCAACACUGUUAUAAUGCAACACAACGAACUUCCUUUGUAACAGCAACAGASACUUCUGCCACUCAAGGUGKUGAKUUACAAAGCAACUCCUGUUAUACAAACCAUUACAAUGAUAAAGCAAUGGAUGGAGCUUACUUAGAAACACCACUAGAGACRUCWACCACACCAUUGGCUUUAGGUCAACACUCUUAUGAUACCAACUCAAGUUCCGCAAAUUGCUCAGCAGUUGUGACACAGCCUCAGCRCAGACCAUCUGUAAUAGUUGUUUGUCCAAAAACAGGGGAAGUWAGACAGCAAGUCAUUGCUACUACUGACGAUGAAAUCAAACCUAGAAUUACAAACAGCCAGGAAGAAUUAGAAGAGCAMUCUUKUGUGUCUGGUAAUUUUCCAGUUGUUGGUCCUGAAUUUAGAGAAAGUUGUGGGGGUUUUAGUGGCACUUCUAGUUCUAAAGGAAUUGAGGAUCAAGAUUACAGUGAUUCUGAAGAAUCCAGCUGYRAUGAUAACUUGGUUGUAGAUGAGGAAGUUUCUAACAAAGUACAACGUGGGCUGUUGUGCACAACAUGCGGCGAGUCAUUCCGUUAUUUUGACAUGUACGAAAGGCACAAAUGCAUCGAUACUAGCAAGAAACAAUUCUGCGAACUUUGUGACUUCACGUACUCGACAAACAAAGAAUACAAYAUCCAUUUAAAGGAUCAUAUAAGCUCUUCUACAUCUCUCGAAUGUCCCUUAUGUAUGAAGACAUUCAAAAGGCGACCUUAUCUUAUGGUCCACCUACGGUCGCAUUCAAAACACAGGCUUUAYGAGUGCCCGUUUUGUGAUAAAGACUUUAUCCAUUUUAACCAGUUCAGAAUCCACGAGAGCUCUCACUCGGGCGUCAAACCGUACAAAUGUGGUGUGUGUGAGAGGACUUUUACACGAUCAAGAGAUUGUAAAAGGCACGAAGAACUGAACCAUAGUGGUCGWAAGACGUGUUCUUUGGUUUGUACAGUUUGCAGCGCAAAGUUUAAUCGUUUAGACGAGUUUGAAAGCCAUAAGUGUAAACAAAAAAGUAGAAAGAAGAAGACUUAUCAGUGCAAAGACUGCAACAUCACCUUUAAAGUUUUAAAGAAAUUUGAAGAGCAUGUGAAGUCUCACAAACGUUUCACAUGUAUGUACUGUUCAAUAUCCCUUYCUAGUCACGUGGAGUUGAAAGAUCAUGAAGCAACACAUUUGGGUAAUGACAAACCCUAUAACUGCAAGUWCUGUCCAAAAACAUUUAAACAACGAAGUCAUGUCAAUGAACAUGAGCGUAUACACACUGGGAACAGGYCGUUUAAAUGUACCCGRUGUGACAAAACUUUUGUACARAAGAGUCAUCUAACAAAUCAUGWGAAUGGSCAUUUGGGUAAAAGGCCUUAUAAAUGUUCCUUUUGUGAUAGUACCUAUAAACAGUUAGUGCACCUGAAAGAGCACGAACGAAGCCAUGCAGGGACGAGUCUGUUCAAAUGUCGAUGGUGUCAGAAGCCAUUUUUGAGCGCGUUUACUUUGAAAAAUCACGAGAAAUUGCAUGAAGAUGAACAACAGCCUUCAAAGCGCAAAGCACUUGAUCACAGUGGAUUAAUAAGUGUAGAAGACAAUUCAUCCUUGGAAGAUUUGAAAGUUCCCUGUUAUACAAAUAGUUCUGUACGUGGAGAGCUGUUUAGCGGAAAGCGCGUUUGUGUUCGAAGCAGCUCUUCAAAUCAAGAGAGUCAUUUCCUCGGGAAUGAUGCUGAUUCUGGUGCUAAGGAUGAAAAUUCUUCAGAAGUUGCUGAACAGAUCAAAUUUGAGAAUGUCGUUAACCACCAAGAAUAUUUACAAGAGGAAAAUGCAUCUAGUUUCUUAACAAAGACCACAGCUAGUCAUGAAAACUUUUUCGAAAUUGGGAAAGUAAUUAGCAGCGAUGACAAUUCAAAAGUCGAUAAGACCUCUUUUUCCAUCCAAAACCCUCCACCUCCACCAAGUKCCGAAGAAUCCUCUAAAAUCGACAGUAAAGAAGUACAACAACGAGAGAGCAAAACUAGCGAAAUUGGAGCAAGCACAAACGAGCGUCAAAUAGCGUCCUUUGUAAUUGAAAAUGYACCAACUAACUCGGAUGCCAUUCAUAAGUGUGAAUUCUGUCCAAGAGAGUUCGACAAGCUCGCCAACCUCAAAAGGCACUUAUACUUCUGUAAGUCCAAAAAAKCCAGAGAAGCAAACCGACAAAAGGAAGACAAACCUACUCAAGGCAUUGAAUGCRGUACCUGCAAAGAGACUUUUAUUUCGCCUCAACGUCUAAAGGAACACGAACUCAUUCAUGUAGAGGCAAAAUGGGCUUCACACACCACCCCUGCAAGUGAUGCCAAAGAUGAWCUGAAYCCCUCCCGAAAAUUUGAAUGCUCGUUCUGUAAUAAAUCAUUUCAUCAACGURKUCAUUUGAGAGARCAUGAGUUCAUUCAUAAAGGGCUAAAACCUCAUAAAUGUAGRUUCUGUGAAAAGAGUUUUGCCCAAGCUGGAAAUCUCAAGAMCCACGAGAGGAUUCACCUGGGAGAAAAGCGGUUUGUCUGUMGAUUCUGUGAUAAGUCGUUUAUUCGACGUAACUUUGCCCGGGAACACGAAGUCAGAAUGCAUAAUAGCCUUGCGCAUACGUGAUGUUUACGUAAUACUCCAAGGCCUUUGGUAUACUUUAUGUUAUAAAAACGUAAUACUCCGAUAUCGAGUUCUGGUUUGCUCUGUGUUAGCCUCAAAACCAAGCAACAUAUUCUUUUGUUCAUUGAUAGCCCGAGAA